UUGGAUGAAGCUAGGAGUUCAGAAGACACAAUUCUAGGUGACCUUAAAGUCGCAUAUGAAACAUACAAAGACUGCAGCAAUAACGAUAUUGGCAACUGUCUGAAGUUAAAAUUAGCGAAAGCUCUCACCAAAGUUUCGAAGAGUGACGAGAUUGUGCUCCUGAACGGAGUGACCAUUUCAAAGGAUAAAAACGCAGUCGAAAAUGUGGAAGUUGAGGAGGCGGUUCCAAGAAGUCUUGACGAGAACUCACUGGACAACCUUAUUUUGGACAAAAUCAUGGGAUUCAUGCAAACUCAUACGAUCCAGAUCAAAUUCCCGUCUGGUUCGGACUUGCAAGGGGCGUCGGAGGAAGGUCGAGCCAAGAGGAAGAAGCUCGCUCCCCUCUUGGCAAUUCCCCUGCUCAUCGGUGGAAUGAUGGUGCCUCUUGCGUUUGGAGCACUAGCAUUAUUGGCUGGAAAAGCUUUAAUCGUCUCUAAGCUCGCUCUGGUGCUUGCUGGUAUUAUUGGUCUGAAGAAACUGCUGUCGUCUAGUAGCGGAAGUGAAGCCCACGAAGUCGUCGUAUCUGCUGGACACGGUGGCCCUGGAUGGAGUCGAUCCCUUGACAACGCCCACGACCUAGCAUACAGCGCAUAUGCCCAGUAA